UUAGUCCACGUGAGACAACAUGGCUGCGUCCACAUCAUCGCUGAUGCGGUAACAGCAGUUCAGUCAGUUUACAGUGCUUUGUCGACGCUGUCCGUGAGUUGGUUGUUCAUUCUGUGGUGAGACGGGAGAUGCCAGACCGCAGAAAAGGUAGCUCAAGAGGCUCCAGCGCUUCAGCCCAGACCGGCGCCCAUCGGCGCUCUUUCAUGGCAGGCGGUGGAGACAGCGCGGAGCAGCAGCAGGUGUGUCUGGUGCAUCUUGACCUUGGUGUCGGUGGAGCCGAGCGGCUGAUGGUGGACGUUGGCCUGGCGCUGCGGUCCAAGGGAAACCCCGUCCACAUUGUCACCACGCACCACGACCGGAACCACUGCUUUCCCGAGACGCUCGAUGACCAGUUCAAGGUGGUGGUGGUGGGUGACUGGCUGCCCCGGUCAGUACUGGGACGCUUCUAUGCUCUGUGCUCAUACUUGCGUAUGAUGGUGGCCGCCCUCUACGUCGUUUGGUUCAGCGACAUUCACCCCGACGUCAUCAUAUGUGACCAGGUGUCCGCGUGCGUACCUAUUCUCCGGCUGUGUCGCAACGCUCGGGUUGUGUUCUACUGCCACUUCCCCGACCUGAUGCUUUCGAAGCCAGGUGGUCUGCUGAAGAGAAUCUACCGUUGGCCAAUCAACGCGCUCGAGCAGUGGAGCACGGGAUUUGCAGAUUCUGUGCUUGUCAACAGCCACUUCACUGGGCGGGUGUUCCGAGAAGUGUUCCCCCGGCUGUCCAAUGUGCAGCUGCGUGUCCUGUACCCAGCGGCUAGCCUCUCGGCCGUGGAGCGCCCCCUGGAGGGAACGCUGGAUGAACUGGGCAUCGACAAGCUCCAGGGGGCCCUCUUCCUCUCGCUGAAUCGUUUCGAGCGAAAGAAGAACCUUGCAUUGGCACUACGUGCUGUCGAGCUGGCUUCCCGCGAGAUUCCAAUACACCUGAUCUUGGCCGGCGGCUACGACCCCGAGUGCCGCGAGAAUGUCGAGCACUGGGACGAGCUCGUGUCGCUCGCCGAGCAGCUGGGCGUGCAGCAGCGGGUCAGCUUCGUGCGGUCACCCAGCGAGUCGGCCAAGCUCCUUCUCCUGCACACGUGCCGCGCCGUAGUGUACACGCCUGCCAACGAGCACUUCGGCAUCGUGCCCGUCGAGGCCAUGUGCAUGCGGCGCGCCGUGGUGGCGUGCAACAGUGGCGGCCCCACCGAGACCGUGGUGCACGGCGAGACGGGCCUUCUGUGCGACCCCACGCCCGAGGCAUUCGCCGCCGCCCUUGUGCGGUUGGCGCGCGACCGCAGCCUGACGCAGGAGAUGGGCGCACGCGGCCGGGAGCGCGCCGAGCAGGUCUUCUCUUGGCAGCGCUUUGUGCGCGAGGUGCACGAGGUGGCCUUCGGGGACAACAAACACGAGCAUCGGUGUCGUGUCCUCAAGAAGGACUCUCGCAGGAGGCUCAAGGACGACUAUGUCAUUGUACUUGACGGGACAGAACCGCCGCCUCCGUAUACUUGGAGGGGUGUCCGCUCGGAUGGACGUCGUCAAUAAAUAGUCUCCUCUUCGCCACGGGGACCCCCCAAAAAAGGCUGGAAGUCUCUUGAGAUCAGGAGCUGCUUGCACAUCCAGGUGGCACCGUUUUAGCAGCGAAUCACACCCAGGUUCUGCAAGUCACUGAAGAUGGCCUCUCACAGAUGCACGCUUUUCAAUCGUUCCCACACAAUCGCAGUUCACGGGGCUAUCUGCUCACAUGUUCAUAAGCAGUAAAACUAUUUGCGACGUGAAUAAACUCUGUUGUGUUCCUUAUCCUUUUAAA